AUGAUGCCAGGAACUUUAAUUGAUAAUUAUGAAGUAGGAGGAGGAAUAACCACUAAGACUGAAAAUGAGCAGAGCCUUUAUCUAGUUCAAACAAAGUUUGAAAAAUCUUUCUCUAAUUCUAAAAAUGAUAUGAUCUUUCAAUUCAAUUACAGAUACUAAGAUCUCAUAGAUUGCUCUGUGCUUAGGCUUUCUCUAAUUAAAGAUGAUUUUUCUCUUAAUGAGAUUCAGCCGGAGAAAAAACUACCUCUCUAAGUUAAACUUCAAUUAUGUGGCAGCUUUUAAACUCUGAGUAUUGAUCUUAACUAUGAAGAAAAAAACUUAUAAUGGCUAAGAAAUGUGAGAGCUCCAAGAUAAAACCUGAAGAAUCUGUUUGAACCUCACUUAAUAAGAAUUUCAAUUUACUAGAAUAGAACUUAUAAAGUACAAAUUGAUCAAGAGAUAAUUGUAAAUGAGGAGUUUCUAAAUGGUUGGAAUAUAGUAGGUCCAACAUAUUUAGUUAAGUAAAAAGAAAUAGAGCCAAGAAAUUACAGGGUUUAUGAGAUGAAAUAGGAAAAAUAAGAGACUGCUUACGAAGAAAUAGUUUUAUAUGGUGAAGAUGAGAAGGAAUUUGGAAAAAUUAGAUCUAGACAAAUUGAUGUGAUGAAAUAGUAAAAUGACUUCGAUAAUAUCUAAGUAACAGCAAGAUAAUCAUUGCAAUUAAGAGAGAAGAAUAGAGAUUUUUCACCUUCGAGGCAUCAAAAUGCACAUAUUAUAGGGAACAUUAAUGGGAUUUAGGUGAUAGUAGAGGAAAAUCACAAAUCUUUUCUUAUAGAUAAUGUGCUAUUGACAGAUGAUCUUGAUUAUGCUGACUAGAAAAAGGCUUUUAUAGAAAAGAUGUACAAAAGAGUAUAAUAUUGA